CAGACAAGCUUCUUUAAUUGCACACUAAAUCGUCUUCAGGCUCAAAAUUUUGUCCAAUUUAAAACCAUGCAUUUCUCCAUUCCACUCGUUUUCGCUACAUUAUCAUAUUUCCAACCUCAGACUUUUCCUAGUCACAGAUUAAAACGUGAUCUCGUUCAACCCCUUGAAUUUACGAAGUUAGUUGACGCCCUCUCGUACGGAGACAAUUGUUCCUACGCUGCGGAAGAAAUUAGAGAAGAUUUUGCUAAAUCAAUCCUGACCGGAAAACCCAAUGAGGUAGAAAAAAUCUACGAAAUGUAUAUAUUCCAGUCGGAAAUUGUCAAACUAGGAUUUCCGCUUUGCGCGGGGGAAAAAUUGUUGGUUUGCGAUGAAAUUAGUGCAAAAUGUGUGUGUGGUGAUGCUGGCAGGCGCUCAUUUUUAGGUGAGAACCAUCCCAGCGGUCAUGCUGCUCGUUUCGUCCCGAAUUUGAGCCUGGGGUCCUGCCGCUGGGGAGAAAGUACGACUUGCGGCCCGACAGAAUAUCUCCCCAACAAAUCAGAGUACUGCACCUCACGCACGCAAUGCACUAGCAGAAAGACCGGAAACCCUUGCCAAAUUGACGACAUGGUCAAGGUGUUUAUUUCACGAGGAUCACAUGAUGGAGUCAAAGCAUUUUUCUCCGGGGAGAUUUGUACCUGCCAAAGUGUUGAUAAGUCCAAAGUAGUAGCGCAAGUGCCACAUGAGCAAGGAAGCGAUAAAAAAUAUAAGAGCGAUAGUAAGCAUGGAAAAUCGCAAGCCAUUUGGUCCAAUCGGUGUGUCGAUAGAAUAGUCGUCACAAUUAUUGCAAUACUUGCAAUUUUGGUUUUGACGUAAACUUUUAAACUAUUUACUUGUUGCUAACAAGUUCUUACAUACGUUACAAUGCCAAAUUAAGUAAAUAAUUUAGGGUCAUUCUUAAGCAAAUAUUUAGCAAUAAGUGUUUUAAGCUGUAAUCAAUGUACAAAAUAAAAACAAGACUUGA